CGGGCGCGGCCAUGUUGCGGGGCCAUGUUCCACAGCAGCACGCAGCGCCGGCACUGGACCUUCCAUGGCGAGGAGGAGCUGGCGCGGCGCCGCGCCGAGGGGAACCGCCGGGCCCGGGCCAGGGCGGCGGCCAGCGGCAAGGUGCCGCAGGGCGACCCGGUGCUGCUGGAGCCGCACGAGGAGCUGGCGCUAUGCAAGUACUACGAGAAGAGGCUGCUGGACUUCUGCGGCGCAUUCAAGCCCGCCAUGCCGCGGUCCGUUGUGGGAACAGCUUGUAUGUAUUUCAAACGUUUUUACCUCAAUAACUCAGUGAUGGAGUAUCAUCCUCGAAUAAUAAUGUUAACAUGUGCAUUUUUGGCCUGUAAAGUAGAUGAAUUUAAUGUAUCCAGUGCACAGUUUGUUGGCAACCUUCAAGAAAGUCCUCUUGGACAGGAGAAAGCUCUUGAACAAAUACUGGAAUAUGAACUGCUGCUUAUUCAGCAACUGAACUUCCAUCUCAUCAUCCACAAUCCAUACAGGCCAUUUGAGGGAUUUCUAAUUGAUAUUAAGACUCGCUAUCCAGUGCUGGAAAAUCCUGAAGUUUUGAGGAAAGCAGCAGAUGACUUUCUUAACCGAGUGGCUCUGACAGAUGCUUAUCUACUCUUCACUCCCUCACAGAUCGCUCUUACUGCCAUAUUAUCUAGUGGCUCAAGAGCAGGAAUUAAUAUGGAAAGCUAUUUAUCAGAAAGUCUUAUGCUGAAAGAAAACAGAUCAAGCUUAUCCAGAUUACUAGAUGACAUGAAAUCCAUGAAAAAUCUCAUCAAAAAAUAUGAACUGCCAAGGCCUGAAGAGGUUGCUGCUCUAAAACAGAAGUUAGAGAGGUGUCACAGCUUGGACCUUGCAUUUAAUACAAAUCCGAAGAAGAGGAAAGGUUAUGAAGAUGAUGAAUAUGUCACAAAGAAAUGCAAAAUGGAUGAGGAAGAGUGGACUGAUGAUGAUCUUGUGGAUUCAGCAUUACUUUGAAGGCAUAUCGACUCCUACCACUGCAGGCGCUACUGUCUGGCGUCAGGUGUGACUCUACCUGCCACAGGUUUCUUAUUAUAUGUCAUAAAGUCUUUGUGCUUUUAAUUUUUACUUUGUCAGUAACGCCUUUUACUUUCCUAAAAUUAGUAGGAUGUUAUUCUAUUAAACCUUCAUCCAUUACAGGUCCAACACUACAAGAUUUCCUUCAAGAAAUUUGGCCCUCAGUUUUGGUUCAGAAACAGUUUGAUGUGGCUGCAGUGUACUGUUAGAGCACUAGCUGAUUUAUUUCCUUGCCAUAGACCCUGUUAGAGUUCUACAAUACAUACACCUGUAUGCAGCUUUGGGUGUUCCCCAGUUUCAUUCUCUUUGCUGCAUUUUGUGUGUAAAAGGUGAAUUAGGUAGACAGCUCUUUCUUCCAUUUUGUGUUUUUAUCAUGUUGUGUUGCUUAUACCAAAGCAACUAAAUCCACAAAAUAAUCCCUUUUAUACACUCUGUUAAAGAUCUAAGUAGGACAGAUGGAAAGGUCAAUUACUUCUCUGAGAUGCACUUGAAUAGAGGCUUGGCAGGGUUAUGGGACAAUGCUAAGAAAAGACUUCUCUAGUAACAAGGUCUUGCAAACAGGUAUAUUGUCACUAUGGAAAAGCAUGACAUAUGUCUGCCCAGUGCCAUACAUGUGAUAUUUGGGAGCUCUCACCUUCAAGAAGCUGUUCCAGCUGGAGACCAGGGCAACACAGCAGGAGCCACUGUGUAUGAUUUUACGUGACGGUAAUUUGGCAGUUCUGAUAAAUAGGAAAAACAGUGUAGGUGUUAUGAAGGUUUAUGGCAGUGUUCAUAUAAUAAAAUUACUUAAGUGGUUAUCUCAUUAAUCUUGAACACUUUAAAAGUCACUGAAUCUUUUAUUCCCUAUUAUUAUAUCACUGCCUAGAAAGUAGCACAUGAUGAUGAUGAAAUGCACUCUAAAUCAACAGCAUAUUUUAUUAUUCAAAUUUUUAAACACUUUAUGGCAAUGGGUAGGGACACCUUUCACUUGACAGGGUUUCUCCCAAGUCUCAUCCAGCAUGACCUUCAACACUUCCUGGGAUUGGGGCAUAUCUGGCUUCUCUGGUACUCUGCCAAUGUGUCACCCCACUCAUGGAAAGAAUUUCCUUUUAUUAAAUCUCAGCCUACCCAAGGUGUUUCAACAUCUACUUUCUCACCCAAUGAUGUACAAAUUAAGGCAGAGGGACAGGGUACUGUUGUCUGUGGACUCACACUUAAAAAGUGACACAGUGUAAACACUUCAAAGUAUGCCGCCAGUGCCAACACUAAAAAAUUUCCACAGCAGCCAGAGUUAGCCAGUUUUUGUACAGCUAGAUAUAUGCAGCUUGAUUUAUUUCAAAAACUUUCCACUUAUAAAAAUAAUAUUUAUGCUAAACUUACAGUACAAAAAAGACCAAACAAUACCUAUUUUAUAAAAUGGUUUAAUGAAUGCAUGCAUGUCUGAUAUAAUGAUCAAUAAAAUUACUAAAUUCAAAUUAUUUACUGUUGUAAACAUUUUACAAAAGCAUUGUGAUUUAUUUGGAUAUACAGUUCUUGAUUGAAGAAGUAUUCAGACUGAAUCAGUGGCACAUCAAAAAAAUAAAGCUGACAAGACCCAUUCUGCAUA